AUGUGGGGCAAAAGAGUCCAAUCGUUAGAAGAAUUGAGUAAUCAAAAAGUUGAAAAGGAUUUUGAGGAUAGCAAUAGAAUUCUGGUGAAACGUGACAAUGAGUUUAUCUUAGGAGAUAAUGCAGAACACAAAGAUUUAGUUGAAACAGAAAAAACACCAAAGAACAAGGAUAAUUUUGGAGUAAAACGAGGACUGACUUAUCAUUGGUACAAACCAUUUAUAGGAUACAAGAUAAGGAAAUUUAUUCCUGCUGGGUCACCAAAAGAAAAAAGAUCCCGAACCUGGUUACAGCUCAGGGGGAUGUGGGGUAAACGAUCUGGAAAUCAGCUUCAAGAUGAUCAAGAACAGAAGAGAAGACAUGAGCACAUCACCUAUUCUCAAAUACAAAACUUUGGUAUUGUUUUCAAAAGCAAAAUUUUACAACUUUGACACAAUUGAAACCAAGAUCUCAGA